AAAAAUGUUUACUUUUCUUCUGUUAACAGACAGUUCCAGGGCCACACAGAUGGCGCUAGUUGUAUAGAUAUAUCAAAUGAUGGAACUAACCUCUGGACAGGAGGAUUAGAUAAUACAGUCCGUUCCUGGGAUUUGAGGGAGGGCCGUCAGCUUCAUCAACACGACUUUACAUCCCAGAUCUUCUCCCUUGGCUAUUGCCCCACAGGAGAUUGGCUUGCAGUGGGUAUGGAAAACAGUAAUGUGGAGGUACUCCAUUGUUCCAAACCCGAUAAGUACCAGUUACACCUACAUGAAAGUUGUGUGUUAUCCUUAAAGUUUGCCUCUUGUGGAAAAUGGUUUGUCAGCACCGGAAAGGAUAACCUUUUAAAUGCCUGGAUAACACCUUAUGGAGCUAGUAUCUUUCAGUCUAAAGAAGUUUCUUCGGUGCUGACCUGUGACAUUUCAUCAGAUGACAAGUAUAUUGUCACAGGAUCUGGUGACAAGAAAGCUACUCUUUAUGAGGUUAUGUUCUGAAAUUUCAAGCAGCCUUUUGGUGAAGUUUCCUACGUACCUAAACUAGCCAGUUGUGUAUAGUAAUGAGUGUGGAUGCUUUUUUUUAACCUCCAUAUGUUUGUCAGGUUUAACAAGACAGAUGAUAUGAAAAAGAACCGUGUCAAGAAUGAGUAAUGUAUCUUAAUAAUGAAGAAAAACAAGCGACUUUCACAGAGAAUCUGCUUGCUAGUCGGUUUUUCAUCGGAAAGCAUCAGUAACAUGCUACAUUCACUCUUUAUUUGGCUAACAGAGACGGCUUGUCCAAUAUUUUUGGUGUUUCUUCAUUGUUAAUCAGAAGAAAAGUGGACUUAUUUUUGUAACAUCCAGUACACUUCUACAUUAACACUGUAAAACUAUGAAAUGUGAUUUUGGUGUAAAAUGGUAGUUGUUUUUCUUUCUAUACAUAAUUUAGUUUUCUUUAUUUUGGCGUGUAUAAGCCAAGAACGUAUUAUAUUUUCAUGUAUUUUUCUUAAUGAAAUUAUUUAGUGAAGAAGGACUGGUUGCUUAAAUCCAUCCAUUAUUUUCAACCCUUUCAGUGCUCUGAAUUUGGUGAUGUUCUUUACAGAUCGUAAUAUCAGACCCUACAGAGGGUCAGUAAAGAAGACAGAGAUAAAGUCAAUACUAAUUACAAAUGUUAGUUAUUUAACUAUUCCAUUGAUUUCUUAUAAGAAUUUAUAGAUGUACACAAAUUUAAAGAUAAAAAAUUAGGUUGUAUUUUUUUUUAAAUGAAUAAAGUAAAUUACUACUCAUUUUGGCUCAGUUACUGUAUAAUUUAAGGGCAUCGUAUUUGUCAAAUAAAUAAACAUAUAUAUAUAUAUAUAUAAAAGAGAGAUAUGGGACACAGAGCUUUUAACUUUCAAUUGAGCAUUGGACUCAAACUAUUUCAACUAAUUCCCUUUGCUUGUUCUCACCCAUUGAUCUUUUCAUAUGUUGUUGAAAUGAGCAGACUGCAAGGUUAAACUUACAUAAUAUCAGAGGUUGGUACUAAAUCAGUGUCUUGCAAGAAAUCAAUGUACAAUAGUAGCUGUUUGAAAAUAUCUUACAUUUUGACUUCGUGUAGUGUAUAAUGACAUAGCAGGAAAUGGUAGUGUUUUAGCUUAUGAUAACAUCAGGGGUCUAUUUUGGACUCGAAGUGUAUGGAUAACUUAUGUGCUGAAAAGUAAUUUUCUGAUCUUUGGACCAUUAAAAAACAUCCAACAUUUAA